AUGGAGGUUAACAAUACUAGUGAACAGCCUUCCAAUGGAAAGCGGAUACGCUUAGCUGUAAUCAUAUCAACGAUAACCGUUAUUGCUAUAUGUGCCUCUCUUGUCAUUCUUGCAAUUAUUUUACAUUCAAUAAAGAAUAAGAGUAAUAAUGACAAUAAUAGCAAUCAGAACAAUAAUAAUGACAACAAUAGUACCAACAAUGAUGAUAACAAUAACACAAGUACCAAUGAAACCAAUAGCACUAAUUAUGAAAGGGUUGACACACAUCCAUUUAUUCUAAUUGAAAAAGAUGAACGAAAUAAUAUCCUUGAUGCAAUAAAUAAAUACCCUGAAAUGAAUUAUGCAUGGGAAUAUAUCUCAUAUCAAGCGUUUCGAGUUCUGAGUUUAUCACCACUGGUUUAUAAUAUUGUAGGCUCGGAUUUGCUAGGUGUUUCUCGUGAAGCAUUGAGAAGAAUUUCAUAUAUGUCAAUAACAUAUUAUUUAACGAAGAACCAAACGUUAUUAGAACGUGUUGAGCAAGAAUUAUUAAAUGUGUGCAGCUUUUCGGAUUGGCAUCCAUCUCAUUUCCUUGAUACUGCUGAAAUGACCACAGUUGUUUCGAUUGGAUUAGAUUGGAUGUUUGAAAAUCUAUCAGAAUCGACAAUUAAUAUCUGUAGGCAAGCAAUCAAUGAAUUCUUCAUUAAAUAA